AUGGCUUUUCAAGAAUUUGAACAAAUGAUGAUUUUACAGCAGUUAGAGUUUGUUGAGUUAGAAGCUGAUAAUCAUCCUCGUCGAUUUUACCAAGCUCAAAAUGUUUUUGAAGAGCUAUCUGAUAAACAGUUCAUUAAAAAAUUUCGGCUUAGUAAAGAGUUGGCUGGCGAACUUAUUGAAGUAUUAACGCCAUAUAUGUCUGAACAAACAAGAAAAACAUCAAUUUCAAUAGAAAGAAAGGUUUUGACAGCAUUGCGAUUUUUCGCAAGUGGAUCAUAUCAACUUGAUAUAGGAGACAACAGGUCUUCAGGCUUAAGCCAAGCUUCUGUGAGUAGGUGCAUAACUGAGGUUACCGAUGCAAUGAAUAUGUCCGAUGUUGUCAAGCGGUAUGUUCAUUUCCCAGAUUCAUUUGAGAAACUGAAUACUAUCAGAAGAGGAUUUUACGAAAAAACUGGUGUACCGGGCGUUAUAGGUUGCAUCGAUUGUACACAUAUAGCAAUUUUUCCACCUCGUUCUGAAGGACUAUAUGCGGAACAUAUUUACGUGAAUCGGAAAGGAUAUCACAGUAUAAACACUCAACUAGUUUGUGAUUCAGAUACUAGAAUUUUAAAUGUAAACGCUAAUUAUCCUGGUAGUACUCAUGAUUCGUAUAUAUGGCGUCAAAGUUGUGUAUCAACGUACAUGGAAAAUUUACACAGUAACGGUCAUUCAUCAUAUUUUCUUUUAGGUGAUUCAGGAUACCCACUAAGAUCUUGGCUUUUAACACCACUAAGUGAUCCAACACCAGAUUCUCCUGACGCUCGUUAUAAUAAUUGGCUUACAAGUACAAGAUCAACAAUCGAAAGGUGUAAUGGUAUUCUUAAAAUGCGCUUUAGAUGUUUACUGAAGCAUAGAGUUUUGCACUACCACCCAGAGAGAGCUUCAAAAAUUAUUAUAGCAUGUACCAUUCUCCAUAACAUGUGUAUUAACGAUAACAUACCUGUACCGAUAAAUGAACCUGAUGAUCCAGUAAAUAUUGACUUUGGAAUGUAUGAUGCACAAAUUAUUCCUGAUCCUGUAGUAGGUCAACAAUUAACAAUUGGUCGUCGUAUGCAACAACUGGUCAUACGUUCAUAUUUUACAAGACGUUAA